CCCACCAGGGCCACUGUGAUUGGCAUCAUCCUCUCCUCAGACAAGACCCAGCUCGCCAACUUCCGCUCAAAUUCUACUGCGUGGCCUGUGUAUAUGUCAAUUGCCAACAUUCACAAGGAUUUCCGGCGGAAAAUCAACAACCGUGCCAUGGUCCUCCUUGGAUAUCUCCCCACGGCCAAGCUCAGAGAAAUCGAGCACACAACUGACCGUGCGAUCCGCCUUCACGAUCUCUUUCAUCAUUGCAUGACACAUUUGCUCCAAGAGCUUCGUACUCUUGGGGCCGAAGGAAUCAUGAUGGUGUGUCCCGACAAGAAGCUCCGGCAUAUUUAUCCUGUCGUGGUAUCUUACAUUGCGGAUCAUCCAGAACAGUGCCUGGUGGUUGGCUGCAGACAAAACCGGUGCCCCCUGUGUCUCGUCAAUUGGAAGGAAAGGAGUCAACCUCUUGUAGGAGCCCCCCGACAAAUGAAUGUGUACUCGUACUUCAGAGAAACCUCUGAGUCACUCCGAGAGUACUACAAUCGUUGUUCUCUGGCAGGAAUGGUCGCAAUCACUCAGCCCUUUUGGGAACAGCUACUUCACUGCGACAUCUUCUCCAGUAUUACACCGGACAUUUUGCAUGAGCUGCACAAGGGCUUGUUUGGAGAUCAUCUCCGAGACUGGUUAGCUGAGGUCAUUGGAUAUGGACAGCUCGACCACUGCUACCGGAGCAUGCUACCACACGACAAUCUCAUCCACUUCCCCCAAGGUAUCAUGUACCUUGACAAGAUUACUGGCACCGAAUAUAAGAAUAUGGAGAAAACUUUCUGUGGGGCUAUUGGCGGUCUCACACCACAUCAUCUUCAGCAUCCGACACGUGCCCUCAUUGACAUGAUCUACCUUUCUCAGCUGCCUCUACAUACCACAUCGACCCUGAACAAGCUUCAAGCAUGUUGGGAAGAAUUUCACGCCCACAAAGAAGUGUUCGUCGAGUAUUUCGCAUGCAAGAACUUCAAUUUCCCCAAAAUGCACAAGCCAAAUCACCAUAUUUCUUCGAUCCAGUCCAGAGGAACCUUGGACAACUUCAGCACAGAGCUCCUCGAGCAUCUCCACAUCUCUCUAGCCAAGGACGCCUACCGUGCCGGUAACUGA